AUGACUAGCAGCCACAUGGAUUACACAACUUUUUUAAGUGAGUAUGUGGAAGCUAAGAAUACGUAUGAAAGGACGGAGUCUCUUGAUAGAUUGCGCACAGCAAUUAAAAAUUACCUACCUAAUCCAAAUCGAUGCAUUGCAAACGAAAUUGAACAAUUUAAAAUUAUGGUAAAGGACACUUCUUUGUCUAUUCAAUUGAAAAUAUUAAAUUGCUUGAUUGAUUAUGUAAAGUAUACAAAUUUGGAUGAUGACUCGUUGGUAAAAUUUUACCGUGCCAUGCAUGAAGAAUUGUUUGGCAAUAUUCUUUACCAAAUCAAGGCUUAUGACACUGGAUAUCAGUUGAUAAAUAGCAUUAUUGAAAAGCAUACUUCAAAAAAGUAUAUUGUUAAUGCUAUAUUGAACCAAUUUGCUGCAUCUUUAGAAUGUGAAAUUAAUAGUAAUGGAGAUAUUGAUAAGAUAAUUCCCUACUGUGUAUUGCUGGAACAAAUAAUAUUAAAAUACGGCGCCUCGACUCUCACCCCAAAAUUCAUAUCCCUACUCUCAUCAAUUGACUAUAAAGAUAACAAGUUUAAACAGUAUAUUGAAAAUACUAUUGAUGAAUUGAAGAAGUAUCGUAGGAAACAGUCAGAUGAAGUGAAUGAAUCAUACCAGGAGUUACAUAGUUCACAACAGACAAAUUAUACGGAAAAAUCACAAAUUUCAUUAGUUGAAAGUGAAGGUGAUAUAUUUUCCAUGCUUAAAAACUUCCAAUAUGCUAUUAGCCAUCCUAGUAACAUUGACUCUAACUACGAUUUUGAUCAUUCAAUUAGUGUCAUUAUAUCAAUUUUGGAGAGGAGCUGUACGGAUGAAAAACUACUUGUUCUUUGUUUUGAUACAAUCGAAAAACUGGCUUAUGUCAAGUUGGAUCAAAAGAAUCAAUUCAAACUCUUCAAUUACUUAAUCACAUCAAUUGAAUCUACCAGUGAUAACCCCAUUAAAUCAAUAAUAGCCAAUUGCUUGAGCCGUGUUAUUUGCAAUUAUAAUAUACAGGUUUUCAGAGAGUUCCUCAAGCUAGUGCAUGAGCAAAAGUUGUCAGAAUUUACAAUACAAUUGGUUGUAAAUUCACUAAUAGAAUUUGUACCCCAAAAUAUGUUUGAAAGAAAUAAGAUUUUGUUUGAGGCAAUUGAGGAUUUUGCCAAGUUAACCACGAGGAAUGACUUAUUUGACCACAUUAAUCAAUUGUACAAUACUAUUAGAGAAUUAAUAAAGAUGACAGACAAAUCAUACGAUAUUACAAACACCCAAUUUUCACCUGGUUCUACACUUGCUAAAUCGCUAUCAUUAUCAGACUUGGGAGAUGAACCUACUAAUCCAACUUUAUCUCAAUUACAGCGAUUAUCGAAUUCACAAUCGCAAAAAUCAAAUACUCAAUGUAAGGUCAAAAAUCCAGUGGGUUCCAAAUUUAUAGAUAGGAAAAUUGAAACCACACACAAAGAUCCAACGCUUGAUAUUACGGAUAAGUUUAGGACUAAGAGAGGAUCAAGACCCUUACUUAUUAAUGUCAUAGAAAGCAGUACAGCCACUAACAAUACUGGCAUGUAUCCAUUGUCAUCACUUUUGGAAUUGAAAUCAAAAUUCGUGUGCAUGGUAUCACAAGAUUUAUUCAAUUGCAUGUUUGACAUUGAAAAUAAGCACUACGAAAGGAUGUCUCUUGAAGCGUGUAAAUUCUGGGCAAACUACAUUCAACAGGAAAACAAGUGUGUGAGGAAUUUGAUUUUUCUCCAGGAAAACCUUUUUCAUCCUAUUCUUGUCUGGUUUUAUCGCACACUAUCAUACCGCAAUUCAAUAGAAAUAUCACUCACUGCCAUUAUUUUUAUUAUAAGUGGUAUAAGUUCCAUUUCAACUAUUAGAAAUGAUAGAAGAUUAGUGCAAGAUGAAUUGUUAUAUAUAAUAAAGAUGAUAUUUUAUAUUUUGAAUAAGAAAUUGGUGGAUAUAAAUACGAUACUGGAUGGUGGAUUAACCAGAAUUCUUAACACUUGCAUAUCUAUUGUAGACAAAUUUCCCAGUUUUUUUACCCCCUUUUAUAUAACACUUUCCGAUGUUAGUAUUGAUGUUUCAUUGAGUAUUAUGGAUUGUUUUGAGAAUAUAAUUUUCAGUGAAAAUUCGGUGAUUGGCCGUAAUGAAAUACAAUACAUGUUAGAUGUAAAAUCACAAAUUAUUUCGAUGACACGGGAUUACAAACUGGUGGAGGCGACAAACAAAUUGUAUAAGAAGUUAUCUCCAUUGCCAAAUAAUACACCGAAUAAUAUGGAUAAUAUAGAUUAUGAGAGGAUACCAACACAUCUAGUUACCGAUACUAUGAGUUCAAACGACGUAUUUUCCUCGAUUUACAAUAAACAGAUUUGUCAAUACAGUGACAAUGCUCAUUAUAAGCCACCCACAAAGAAUGUCUUCGUUGAAAUAAAUAAUACAUUCAACAAUAUACAAAGUAAUUACAAGAGUUUACUUGACGAAUAUGAAAAAUUAUCAAUUUCAAUUCAAAAUUACUCUGUUAGUACUGUCAGUAACACCUCCAUGCUUAACGGAUCAGAUAAUAGAUAUUCAAAUGACACAGAAUCAAUCAUGGCUACUUUUAAUUUACCAACAUUAUUGGCAGAUUCACUGCAAUUAACAAAGUCACUAGAACAUACAUUGAGGAAUAUUAGAUCUAGUCAUGGAGUAUCAAUGUAUGAUAAUUUGCAGCAGGCACUGCAAAAUAUUUGUACCAGUUUAAAUUAUCACCCAGAGAAGACAACAAAUUGUAAUGUCAGAAUAGACUCAUGCAUAUCAAUUACACAAUCCGUCAAGAUGAUUUACAACAAUUUAAUUGGAAAGAAACCCAAUUUAUCCGCUGAUAGUGUAUUCUGCACUAGACCUUCGUUGCAAAAUGAUAGUUUAAUACCGGGGAUUACUGGUCCUGGCACAUUUUACGGUGAAAAGAGACAGGUUGAUAUAUCUGAAUUUGUUCCGAUACUCAAGAACUUAUCACUAAACCUAGACGCGUUACAAUGCAUAGACUUUAGGUCAAUGCAGUUGCUCAUGCGAAUGUACAUUUACCUCAAAUACAGACUAUUGACUAGUAACAAUAUUGACACCUGGAAUUUUAUCGAAUCGAAUAUGGCAAACUGGCCCAUUGAGACGGUCUCUCUGUCCAUUUGUUGUCUUUUGAGGGAUAUUAACCAAGCUUACUGCGCUGUUUCAGGGAAGAAGCGACGUAAGCACCCAUUAGACACAUUUCGCAUAGAGGUGUUCAAGCAAAUUUGCGACAAUUACAUCAACAAAUCAAAACACUCAUUUACUCUGUCAAAAAAUAUCAUUUGUCAAUUGAAAUACAGCUUGAUUGUUGUAAAGUAUGAUUUCACCAAAUUGGAUGACUCAGAUGGCGAUGUGGAAGAGAUAAUCAAAAUUAUCCAGUAUUUGGAUAGUAAUAUCGCAAUUGACAUUGACAUUUUGUCAAACCCCGCAAUUUCAAACCCUGGUAAUAUAAUAUUUCCAAGCCGCUCAAUUAACAUAACAACAUCAACACUAGAAAACGGAUGUGAUGAUAAGAUUGAUGCGUUAAGAAGUUAUAUCAGCAGGCUUAAUUUGUGUAACACAUAG